AUUCAUUUUCUUCAAAAAAAAAAAAAAAAAAAUUGGAAAAAGGGAUCAUUAAACCCCCUUCUUCAUCUUCUCUUCGAUUAGUGAAGUUUGAUAUCAAAUAGAAAUUGAAAUGAAAUGAAUCCGCGAACAGAUAAACUGGUGAGGAGAACAACAAUGGUGGCCACUGUCACCGCCUCCUAUUUCCUUUUAACCGCUGACUAUGGCCCCGAACCAAACGCUCUCGAUCCUAUUAAAAAGGCAAUACUGUCAGCAGAAAGUUCCUUUAAGGAGUUCAUCUUUGGAUCGAAGGAGGUGGAAGAAAACUCAGUGGAGAAGCUGAAGUCCAAUGGUACCAAGGGAAAUCACUAGGGUUAGGAAGGAAAGUUUCUCAUGCUUAAUGGAAGAUAUCAAACUUGUAAUAUGUAAAACAAGUUUCAGAUACUAUUUCUUUUGUUUGUUUGUUUUUUUUUUUUUGUCACCCAGCUUUCCAAAUUCUUAACGGUGACUUCCAUCAUUAAUGGAAAAUAGAUCUCCCUUUGCUCAAAGC